AGUGCACAGAUAUCAAAAUAUUUACAGCAUACAAACAAAACUUCAAGAUUAAUGCAAAUUGUAAAUUGUAAAAAAAAAUUAACGUCAAAUGACCACCUCAUCAAGCCACUGAAGGGAUCAACAUACCUGGAUAUCACCUUAUAUCAUCGAAUAAUUAUUACAAAUCUUUUUUAUAAAGUUAUUAUAUCUAUUUUGUACGAUACCAAUACUUAUAAACACACUUAUAUGGUAAACCUCACUUGGUUAAGUAAAAAAUGUAUGAGGAGUUAUGACUAGCCGCUUUAAAUCAAUAUUAAGUCUAUAAGCGACAGGGUUAUAGCAAGAACCACUGUCGCGUGACUAUUGGCACUGAGCUUGUGCAAGGGGAAGAAAUAAAAGGAGCGUCACAGAGGCUUUCUCUUCAUUGCCUUGGACCACCGCGCCCCGCCUAGAAGUGUCUCCCGCCACCUACUGCUUACACUCCACUCUUACCUCAGAGGUUGAGAAUCAUCCAUGACGACUGUUGGAGUUUCCAUACUCCUGUUGCUGACUGUCUCCCCAGCCGUCGCCCAACUGCCUCGCCCUCAUGACAGUAGAGACACUUUGACAGUGUCAGCCACAGUGAUGGAGGCUGUAUUGUCGACAGAGAAGGACCCAAGGUGUUCCUUCCUCCUGCUCACUGAUGGUGUCACCUCCCCUAACACCUUCCGCAUGUUGAAAAAGCAGCUGCAGACGCCUUGUUUGUUUGGCUUUUUCGAGGCUACAGAGGACAACAAAGAUGUUGAUCAGGUGAUCGAGGCGGCCAAACGGCUGCGGCGGAAUUCAUGGCAUGUGACGGUGGUGGUCGUGAGCGACGAUCCAACUUUCCUCACUUCCAUCACCAGCAAGACGGUAAGGAACAGCCUUCUAGUGGCUGAGACGAGGCUCCUAGCCGUUACUCGGCUUCCCCUAUCAAAACUGUGGGAUCUCCAGGAGUCCUUCGCUCUGAGGAACGCCAUGUUGAUCCUCAUGGAUGAAACCUCUGGAUCCCUCGGGUGCAGCGUGUACGUCCACCUUCCUUACAGACCGCAGGGCACCAAGGCGUUGAAGAUUGCCUCCUGGACGCCUCAUCGAGGCCUCACUCUCACUACCCAGCUCCCACUCUUCCCUGAUAAGUUUACAAGAUUUCUCGAGAAGCCACAUCUGGUGGCAGUAUCGGUGGAAUUUGCCUCUCAUAACCUUAUUGUGUUAGAGGAUGUAGCGGCUCCCGGAGGAAAGAGGAUCACCUUCGAGGGAAUCAUGGAAACUGUGCUAAAGUAUCUUUCUGAAGGUUUAAAUUUCACGUACUCGUACGUGCGACCUGAAGAUGGGACCUGGGGGACUCAAAACGACAAAGGACAGUUUUCUGGCAUGAUGGGCGUUAUGACCAGAGGGGAAGCGGAUAUUGGUCUCGGUCCUUUCGCUCUGACCCCCAUCCGCUACGGGGUAGUGGACUAUACAUAUCCUGUAGACAUCGCCUCUAUGAAGAUCAUGUCGGGUCGAGGGAGGGCGGAGGCGGACCCGUGGGGCUUCCUGUUGCCCCUGGCACCGCUGGUGUGGGUGGCCCUCCUAAUAUCGCUCUCCGGAGUGUUGUUAACCUUUCUCCUUUUAUCUUCUUACUUGUCUCCCAAAAUAUUUGAUCGACGAAGCUUCAAGACAAACGCCAGCAGCCUUAUCCGAGUAUUAUUACAGCAAGGCAAGUGAUAAAUUCGUAUUUAAUUGAUAGAUUUAUUUUUUCAAGUAAAACAAAUAGGAAAUAUAACUUUAACUUAAGAAUCUUCCUUUUCAAGCUGGUAUUAUUUCGGCAC